AUGGCGGCGGCCUCCUGCGGCAGCUGUGCCGCCCUUGUGUCUCCUCUCUCGCGUUCACAGCGCCAGCUCCUCCUCGCUACCUCGUCUGGGCCGUCUGUUCGUCACUUCGCCUCUCGCACUUCCUCCCCGCUGACUGCUGCUCCGCUGAUUGCUGCUCCGCUGACUGCUGCUCCGCUGACUGCUGCUCCGCUGACUGCUGCUCCGCUGACUGCUGCUCCGCUGACUGCUGCUCCGCUGACUGCUGCUCCGCUGACUGCUGCUCCGCUUCCGCGCCUGGCUGCCUCCCACGGUGCCGUUCGGUCGUCUCACGCACGUUUCGCCGCGCGACACUUCUCAUCCACGGGUUCAUUCUCGCCUUCGCUGUUCGCGCGGCUGCGCGCAAAGCUGAAUGAAAUGCAUCGUUUCUGGCUGCAAAAGACGCUCCUUGAGAAGGCGCGGUACUACUCCGUGGUGGCGAAUACGGCUUUCAUCGUGUUCAUGAGCACCCGCCUGCUCGACUUGCAGAAGAAAACCGACUCGCUGUGGGAGGAGGAACUCUCCAAGAAGAGCGGCGAGAGCGAAGACUGGAAAUGCUACCACGUCCACCGCCUCUUUCACAGCCAGUGCCGCGACUUGCCUUCGACCUUCUGGAGCUCGGGUGUACGUACACCGAAAGGGGGGCCCGCGGACGCCUGCACGCCGCUGGCUAGAGAGCGAAGCGGGAAUGGAGACCCCAAAGCGCAACAGGGCGAUGCGGCGGCAGUGGAUAUCUUGUGUCGGAAGCUGGAGCUGGAAAUCGAGAAAUGCAGAGACAGCCUCGUGCGCUACCUGCCCAAGGAGACGCCUGCGAUGCAGGAAAUCACUGACAUCACCAACCUCCCGCCCUGGAUCAAGGACCGGCCGGUUUACGUACACUACUUUGCUCACAAGAAGCGAGCAAACGGAGACGGCGAGCAAGGCGUGGCCGAGCCCCCUCCGCCUGCGUGCUCUUCGUGCCAAUGA